AUGCUGAGGAGCCGGCUCUGUAUGCUGGCGAUCAUCCUAACUAUCGCUUAUGUUUGUUAUGCGGCUCAACCAACUUCACUGGAUGACAAAGUUAAAGCUUUACAAGAUCUGCUGUACCGGCAGCCAGCAGUGAGAAUGAACAUGGAUCGCUGGAAAACAUUUGUAAGACAGCAGCCUCGUAACUACAGCAUGUUUGUUAUGUUUACUGCCCUUUCGCCAGGAGUGAAUUGCCCAAUUUGCAAGCCAGCCUACGACGAAUUCAUGAUUUUGGCGAAUUCCUAUCGCUAUUCCCAUGCUGAACUCAAGCAAGUGUACUUUGGAGUUGUCGACUAUGAGGAAGCGCCCCAAAUUUUCCAAGCGAUGAACUUGAACACUGCCCCAAUUUUGUACCACUUCGGACCAAAGCUACAAGGCAAGAAGAAACCUGAUCAGAUGGACUUCCAGCGUUUUGACAUUCGUAUUCUUCGCCCUCCGAACUAUGCAGCACCUGUAGUAAUCGUUUUGCUGUUGGCUCUCGUACUUGGAUUGCUGUAUAUGAAGAGAAAUAAUCUGGAAUUCCUUUAUAACCGCACAAGCUGGGGACUUGUAUGCUUGUGCAUCACUUUUGUUUUCCUUUCUGGUCAAAUGUGGAACCAUAUCCGUGGUCCUCCUUUCAUCAUGAACAAUCCACAAACCCGAGAAGCCAGUUUUAUCCAUGGAUCGACACAGUAUCAGCUCGUUGCUGAAACCUAUAUCGUUGGUGCCCUAUAUGCCGCAAUUACGUUUGGCUUCAUUUUAUUGAAUGAGGCUGCAAGUCCAAGUGGAGAAGUAACGGAAAAGAAAAAGUCAUCUAGCUCUAAACCAUUUUUCGGAAUCAAUAACAACAUGCUUGCAUACGUCGGUUUGGGCCUCGUUGUGAUAUUCUUCUCGCUACUACUGUCGAUCUUCCGUAGCAAAUACCGAGGAUAUCCGUAUAGUUUCUUGUUCAGUUAA